UAUGAGCGCGGAACUUCCGCUUUCGUCGGCGUCAGCGUGCGAGCCAGAGAUGGACACAAACAGAACUGCGAAGCUGGAGUUUGCGGUGCAGAUGUCAUGUGACAGCUGUGUUAAUGCAGUAAAGGGCGUCCUGGAGAAAGACCCGGGAGUUCAGUCGGUGCAUGUAGACCUGGCUAAGGAGCAGGUUUUGGUGGAGACGGCGCUCACCUCUCUACAGGUCCAGAGUCUGAUUGAAAGCACUGGCAGACGGGCCGUCCUGAAGGGAAUGGGCGGCUCAGAGAAAGACCUGGGCGCUGCCGUGGCGAUGGUCAGUGGGGCGGGGCUUGUGCAGGGCGUGGUCAGAUUCCUGCAGCUGUCACAGGAUCGCUGUUUGAUUGACGGCACGAUUGACGGACUGACGCCCGGAGCUCACGGCCUGCAUGUGCAUGAACUGGGUGAUCUGACACAGGACUGCAUGAGCUGUGGAGAUCAUUUCAAUCCAUUCAGGAAACAGCAUGGAGCUCCUCAGGACUCAGAGAGGCAUGUAGGAGAUCUGGGGAAUAUCACAGCUGGUCCUGAUGGCAGAGCUUCAUUCCGGCUAGAAGACUCUCAGAUCAAGGUGUGGGAUGUGAUUGGUCGGUCUCUGGUGGUGGAUUCUGGGGAGGAUGAUUUGGGGCGUGGGAAACACUCGCUGUCCAAAAUAACCGGAAACUCCGGAGAGAGGUGA